AUGGCAACCAAUCCUAUUGAUGUGAUUAAAAUUCGUAUGCAGUUGGAAGGAGAGUUAGCGGCACAGAAAGGAAAAGGUGUGGCUGUAUUAAAAAAUAGAUAUUAUGAUGGCUUCAUUAAAGGAGGUAUAAGAAUCGUCCAAGAUGAAGGCAUUAGAGGUCUUUAUAAAGGAGUUGUGCCAUCACUACUACGAGAGGCAACAUACAGUACUAUACGAAUAGGUGCCUAUGAACCAAUAAAGGUGUGGUUGGGGGCAACAGAUCCAGCGCAUACAGCGCUGUACAAGAAAAUUCUAGCAGGUGCAACAUCAGGUGCUAUAGGAAGUUCUAUUGCGACUCCUACUGAUUUGAUUAAAGUACGAAUGCAGGCAGAAGGAAAACUUGUUUCUGGACAAACAAAGCGAUAUAAUAAUACUUAUAGUGCAUUUGCUGAUAUUGCCAGACAUGAAGGACUGAGAGGACUUUAUCGUGGUGCUGGUCCAACUAUUAAUAGGGCUGCUAUUUUAACAGCUACUCAGGUUCCAUCCUAUGAUCAUUCCAAACAUCUUUUAUUGAACACUGGAUUGAUGAAAGAAGGUCCGGUAUUACACGUUUUAUGUUCAGUAUUUGCUAGUUUUAUGACGGCAGUGACUACGUCUCCUGUGGAUGUGGUCAAAACGAGGAUUAUGAAUCAAAGAAUUAAAGGCCUUAUCAAGGGAGAAUAUCUCUACAAAAAUUCCUUGGAUUGCUUCAUUAAAACCUUAAAAUCGGAAGGUCUAAUAGGACUAUACAAAGGAUUUAUACCAAACUGGAUGAGAUUCGGACCACAUACUGUAAUAAGUUUCUUCCUAUUUGAACAAUUUAGGAAAUUUGCAGGCAUACAGCCACUCUAG